CUGAAGACGCACUGCAGAGGAGCGGGGAGCUUCGUCUCGUAAAAAAAUGUUACAUUUUGCAAUCUGAGCGGAAUAGUUGCGAGCCGGUUUGAUUCGUGCGAGAGAUCCGCAGCUCUGAGAAAUCCGCAAGGUUUUCCCACAGCCGCCGAUGCCCUUGUUUGUUUGCUCUCUCGUUUCGAAAAAGUAGCUUGAUGAGUGUCCAAAGUAACAGUGGAAGUGGUGGAAGUUUGGAGGGGACGCCAUCUUGGUCCCAGCUCUCCACGUCCCCAACACCGGGUGUGAUUUCUCAGCAACAGAUCGCGGCACCGGUGAAGGCCAAGGAAGGCGGGAUGGAGGAGCUGCACAGCCUGGACCCCCGGAGGCAGGAGCUGCUGGAGGCGCGCUUCAUGGGGGGGGUCAGCGGCAGCACGGGGGGCAGUACGGGGAGCGCCAGCGGGGGCACCAAGGGCUUGACUAACAAUGAAUGUUCCAACCACAGCUUUGGAAGUCUUGGUUCCUCAAGUGACAAGGAAUCGGAGAGCUCGGAUGUGAAGAGGGGCAGUUCUCCUGCAUAUUCGAUCCCUGAAAAGAAACACUCCGAUUCCUCCAGAGGAAGAAAGCGGAAAGCUGAGAAUCAGUCUGAGAGCAGCCAAGGGAAGUCUGUUGUACGGGGACCCAAAAUUAGUGAUUAUUUUGAUUUCCAGGGCGGGAACGGGUCCAGUCCGGUGAGGGGUCUGCCCCCAGCCAUCCGCUCUCCGCAGAACUCUCAUUCCCAUUCCACACCAGGCUCCACUAUCAGACAAAAUAGCUCAUCACCAACCAGUCUGUCUUUCGGGGACCACAUAAUGCAUCCGAAACAGCUGUCAAUCAAAUGCGUCCAGACUGACCUCACCGUUCUAAAGCUGGCUGCCCUUGAGAGUAAUAAGAACCUGGACCUGGAGAAGAAAGAGGGCAGAAUAGACGAUUUGCUUAGGGCAAACUGUGAUCUUAGAAGACAAAUAGAUGAACAACAAAAAUUACUUGAAAAGUACAAGGAACGCUUAAAUAAAUGCAUCACUAUGAGCAAGAAGUUGCUCAUUGAAAAGAGCACACAGGAGAAGCAGGCGUGUCGGGAGAAGAGCAUGCAGGACAGGUUACGGCUCGGCCACUUCACCACCGUGCGGCACGGCGCCUCCUUCACUGAGCAGUGGACCGACGGAUUCGCCUUCCAGAACCUCGUCAAGCAGCAGGAGUGGAUAAACCAGCAGAGGGAGGAGAUUGAGAGACAGAGAAAACUGUUAGCCAAGAGGAAACCUCCGACCACAAACACCUCCCAGGCACCAGUCACCAACUCGGAGCCGAAGCAGCGGAAAACCAAGGCCGUGAACGGGGCAGAGAAUGACCCCUUCCUCAAACCCAGCCUGCCACAGCUGCUGACCCUAGCUGAGUACCACGAGCAGGAGGAAAUCUUCAAACUACGACUUGGGAAUCUCAAAAAGGAAGAAGCUGAAAUCCAGGUGGAGCUGGAGAGGCUGGAGAGAGUGCGCAACCUCCACAUCCGUGAGCUGAAGAGGAUCAACAACGAGGACAGCUCUCAGUUUAAAGACCAUCCAACCUUGAACGAGAGGUAUCUACUGUUACAUCUUCUGGGAAGAGGAGGAUUUAGUGAAGUAUACAAGGCCUUCGACUUGAUUGAGCAGCGGUACGCAGCGGUGAAAAUACACCAGCUCAACAAGAACUGGAGGGAGGAGAAAAAGGAGAACUACCACAAACACGCCUGUCGAGAAUACAGAAUACACAAGCAGCUGGACCACCCCAGAAUAGUGAAGCUCUACGACUACUUCUCAUUGGACACGGACACGUUUUGCACAGUGCUGGAAUACUGUGAAGGCAACGACCUGGACUUCUACUUGAAACAGCACAAGCUGAUGUCGGAGAAGGAGGCGCGCUCCAUCGUCAUGCAGAUAGUGAAUGCACUGCGAUACCUGAAUGAGAUCAAGCCCCCCAUCAUCCACUACGACCUCAAGCCAGGUAACAUCCUGCUGGUCGAUGGCACAGCCUGCGGGGAAAUCAAAAUCACAGACUUCGGCUUGUCCAAGAUCAUGGAUGACGACAACUACGGAGUGGAUGGGAUGGACCUGACCUCACAGGGGGCGGGGACAUACUGGUACCUGCCUCCUGAAUGUUUCGUAGUUGGUAAAGAGCCCCCGAAGAUUUCCAACAAGGUGGACGUGUGGUCGGUGGGCGUCAUCUUUUUCCAGUGUCUGUACGGCAGGAAGCCGUUUGGGCAUAACCAGUCUCAGCAGGACAUUCUACAGGAGAACACCAUACUGAAAGCCACCGAGGUCCAGUUUCCCGUGAAGCCCGUCGCCAGCAACGAAGCAAAGGCGUUUAUUCGCCGCUGCCUGGCGUACCGGAAGGAGGACCGCUUCGACGUGCACCAGCUGGGCAGCGACUCCUACCUGCUUCCUCAUAUGAGGAGGUCCAACUCCUCAGGGAACCUGCAGAUGUCGCUCUCUGGGGGCUCUGGCCCCGCCUCCUCCAGCAUCAUCUACUGAAGGAGCCUGCACUGACCGACCCACUGAC